AUGCUGUUCAGUCAAGGAGUAAUUAAGGUUUUAGUGACUACAUCUACUCUUGCUUGGGGAGUAAACCUGCCUGCAUAUGCAGUUAUUGUACAUGGACAUACAUUUUAUAAUCCGCAUCUGGGCCAGUUUUCGGAUAUUUCAAUACUGGAUGUUUUACAAAUAUUUGGACGGGCAGGCCGGCCCCAAUAUGAUACAAAAGGCGAAGCCAUACUCAUGACCACAUCAAAAAAGAUGGAUCAGUACGUCGGAUUGCUCAAAAGAAGCAAGGAUAUAGAGAGCAAAAUGCUUUUUCAUGUUCCAGAAAACCUGAAUAGUGAGAUUUACUUGGGCCACGUGUCAUCGAUUGCGACUGCCUUAAAUUGGAUAAAGCACACAUUCUUAUAUGUCAGAAUGAUAAACAAUCCAGUAAAGUACGGUGUUUUGUCCGAAGAUGUGGGGCUCGAGGAGCAGGCACUAUCGGAAUACAUCUAUUUGACAGUUAGAAGACUUGAAGACUGUCAACUGAUAAAUAUUGACCGAAAGGAUUCAAACUACAACACCUGGACAUUCAAAUCGACAUUUUACGGACAAGUCUCUUCAAUUUAUUAUUUAAGCCACCUUACAAUGUAUACUUGGCUUAGUGAUGUUGAGUCGGUCAAUGACGAAGUAUCAUUGAUCAGCCUACUGCUUAGAUCAGAAGAGUUUAAGCAAAUAUCAGUCAGAAAAGAGGAAAUAGGCUAUCUUAAUGCUCUUCACGAGGAUCUUCUUCUCAGCUCUGUUAUAGGCUUUGAGUUUGAUGAAACUUCAGAAUCAAAGCUGUUAAUAUUGUUCAUUUCAUUUCUUUGUUUUAAGAAAAUGCAAACUUUUUCAUUGUCCUGCGAUACUGACUUUAUUGUUGAAAACAUGAAAAGAUUAAUCGCGGCAAUGCGCGAAGUUCUACUGCAUUUGAGAAGAUAUGAUUUGCUUUUGAUGGCACUUUUUUCUUGA